AUUUAAAAUGCCUUAAUGAGCUUUAUUCUCGUUUAUUGGUCGACGUUCGACCUAUGUUUACUAACGAGCAGCUGUUAGAUAGAAUUUAUGACCCCGACCAUACUCUGUGUCGAAAUUUUGGAGCUGAAAUAUAUGUGCCAAAGCACGCUCAUGACGGAAAGACUUGUACUGCAAUAAGAUCUGAAGCUUCUGGCAAUUGCCUCUACAGUUCAGCUUCUCUAGUUCUGGUAGGUAACAAUGCAUUGGUCCCUACUUUGCGAAUUUUAACAUCGCUUGAGCUAUUUAUUCAUGCUGCUUUUUAUGCUCAACACCCAUGCUUUUUGUCUGUUAUAAGUGAGCACAGUGAUUACUUUGCCCAAAGCUUAAACAAUCUUUUGCCUUUGUCAGUGUCUAAAGAAUGUUUAGACACUGGAUAUACAACAGAUGAACUGGUAAAACAGGAGGCUAUUUUAAAUUGUAAUGACCAGAAAUGGUCAUCUUUUCUUUGUAUUUUGGGCCUAUCUUCUGUUUUAGGUAGAAAAAUUCAUACUUUUUAUCCUGAUUCUGGUGAAAGUAGAUAUAAAUUGUUAUUUAAUCGUAUUGUUCAGCCCCGGCUAUUAAGCCAAAGAGGUUUGGAUGCUAUUAAUAUUUUGUUUUGUCAUGAAGGAUCUGUACAACCAGGGAGAAAGUUAAGGGUAUGGAUAAUUCUGAAAUAUGUCAUUUGAUAAAAAAUGUAUAUAAACCAGAUAAAAAGUAUCAUUUUCCUAAAUCUAAUGGCAGAUCAUUUAGGCAUGAUUGGCUAGACCAGCAUGAAUGGCUUUGCUAUUCACCUUCACAAAAUGGUGCGUAUUGUCUAUCGUGUGUGUUGUUUGGCAAUAGAUUCCCAGGCAAGGCCAGUAAAGUAAAAAAGUUGUUUACUGAACCUCUUCAAGAUUGGAAGAAUGCUAAAUGCUCUUUCACUCAACAUGCUGGAAAAAGUAAGGGAGGGAAGUCGGUUUGCAUGCAUCCACAUCACCAAUUUUGAUGCUUUGCGUUCCCAAAUAUCAGGUACUCUGCAGCCUAUCGAGAUGAUCAUGGAUGCUGGUAUCAAGAAAGAAAUAGAACAGAA